AUGGACUCAUCUCAAUCUCAAUGGAUCCAACCCUUGGUUUCUGUCUCCGUCGGUUCCUUCAUCGCAUUCAGAGCUCACAGAAAAAAUUCCCUCAGCACUUCUGGUGCUUUCGCCGGUUUCUUUGUUAUGUCGCUUCACAUUUUUAUAGGAUUUAGAAGGGACAAGAUAAGAAACGGGAAGGAUUAUUGCUUGAAUUCUAAAGACUCGCCUCUGAUUACUGCUAUUAUUGGUGGCGUUAUUGGCCAUUAUUGCUGCUGCAAUGGAGACACCUGGUCUUCAGAGAUUGGAGUUCUCAGUGAUGACCGUCCUCGUCUUAUCACAACCUUUAAGCAUGUGAGGAAUGGUCUCAGCAUUCUUGACAACAAUGCAGUGAACUUUGUGUCUAUACUGUUGACCACAAUUUUAAAUUUAUUAGCUUGUUUGUACAUAUUUUAG